AUUGUUGAUUAUUUGGAUUAUUUGUAUUUAGGUAUCCUGUAUAAAAAUGAAAAAUAUGGCAAAAACCAAAGGGUUUUAUGUGUAAAAAUAUAAACUAAUUACAAAUACAAUGGAUUUAAUUCUAAAUCUCCUGUGUCUGAUACUAUUUUUGCAAGUCAUCGCGAUUCUCACACUGAUAAACCCUCUCUGUGAUCCGUCCAUCAUCGCUUACAAGUCGCAGAGGAAUCUGAGCAGAUAUUCAAAGAGUUUCCUGUAUGUGUUGGCAAUAUCACACGUUACUUUUGUUUCAAUCUUCGGAAUAUGCCACCCUCUGCUCCGUAUAAGUACUCUAGCAUUCGAGACCCAGAAUCAUUCUUUUGCCAAGUUCAUGAUGGUCAGUGAGGCGGAGAAACAGUUCAUGAUAUCCGGGUUCAGUCUUUUCUUAUCAGUUGUCAUCGUUGGGAUCAAAAACAUGAUGGAAUACUCGCUGAAACUAACCGCCUGUAUCACGGAGUCCCACCGAGAAACAAACAUAAUCCGACCAACGAAGAGAGUCGCCAAAGAAAGGAAUAAUCACCAGAAUAUUCUCGCCAGUGUACUGAAGCUGAAAAAAUCGACAUCGUACGAGAAUUUCCUAUUCAAUAGUGACCUAACUGACUCGUUACGAAUGCUUGUCCUGGGCAAAACGCUCGACUAAACAGUUAUGAAACGUGUGUACUUAUAGGUAUACUUACAAAUAUAAAACGGAACUUAAUUAGAAAA